AGUCCAAACAAUAAAAAAUUCCUUUCCUUUCCUUUCCCCUCCCCUUCACCGCCCUUUGUCUUCCACGGAAGUGAGUAACUAUUUUCUUUUCAUAUCAAAAGAACAAAAACUGGUGGUCUAGUGUUAUAUUUUUAGGGCGAGAGUGAGAUUAGAUCUGAUAUCGAAGUAAAUGGCGAAGUGUGGGAUGAACCACUCAGCAACGUUCAUCAAAGUCUUGUUGUUGAUGAUAGUCACAGCCUUUAUCUGCGCAUCAUCAUCCGAAGCAGCCUCUACCAAAUUCGUCAAGAAAACCAUCUCCUCUCACUCCAUCGUCAUCUUCUCCAAAUCUUACUGCCCAUACUGCAGAAAGGCAAAAGCUGUUUUCAAAGAGUUGAACCAAGUACCGCAUGUUGUUGAGCUUGAUGAGCGAGAUGAUGGCUGGGACAUUCAGGACGCCUUGAGUGAGCUUGUUGGCAGGCGUACUGUACCACAGGUGUUCAUCAAUGGAAAACACGUUGGAGGCGCAGAUGAUACCGUUGAAGCCUAUACAAGUGGAAAAUUGGCUAAGCUUCUGGGGGUCACUGCAAAGGAUGAUCUUUGAGCCUACAAUUUUGAAUGAUUUGCAAAUUGAUAUAAAAUCUGCGCAUUCCCAUACUUAUAGGUAGGUUAAAUGAUGUAACAGUUGCGAAUUCAUCUUAGUGUCUGCUUUGAUGCAGCCAUCGAUCAUUUUAAGUGGCUCUGUGAUUCGCAGGACGGAUUUCUUCAUUUCUGCUUUCUACUGAUUGGUGAUUCUAAUUUCCUCUUUAAAGCUGGGAUGAUAUUUGAGGUUACUCUACUUUGACUAUAUUUUGAUUGAACCAGAACUCUGAAAGUUUUUUAACAAACACAAGAAUUUCUUCUUCUUCUUUUA